CUAAGAUUAAAAUUUGUUAAGAGAGCCCAAAGCCUUAUCUGUUUGUCUUCUUCUUCUUCUUCGAGCUCAUCUACCAUUCUCGUUCAGCACAACGAGGUUCAGGCGAGGAACUCUCGAGUUGUUCCUUCGAAUUGAUUCCGGUUCUGAACAAUCUAAUCAUGGCAAUGCAUGCCCAUUAAGCAAACCAGCUAGUACAUAGCAGGUAUUGUUCGUUUAGGAAAAAUUAACCACCGAUUAUCACUGCUAUUUCAAGCUUUAAGCUCGCGAUCGAUUCUCCGAGCCUGCCCACUCGCCUCUGUCGCCUCUUGGGUUGAAUCGAACACGUAUCAUGAACGCUUCAUUUUGCUGUAAUAACAUUCAACAACAUCCACAACUCUUUAAAGUUCAACAUCCAAGCUCCUCCCUGAGGAGGAGAAACCCUAUUCAAUGGCCAUCUGCCGUUAUUCAGACGGCGGAGAGCGAAGUGGCAACUGAGGAAGCUGCCUCCCAAUCGGAAUCUGUUGCUCGUCGCCUUAUUCUGCUUCGUCAUGCUAGGAGUUCACGGCAAAAGCUGUCACUGCGAGAUCAUGAUCGCCCCUUGAGUAAAGAUGGGAAAGUUGAUGCUAUAAGAAUUGCUCAUAAACUCCAAGAAUUGAGUUGGAUCCCUGAACUUAUUUUAUCCAGUGAUGCCAAGCGAACCAGAGAAACACUUAAGCUAAUGCAGGAGCAAGUUAGUGGGUUUUCGGAAGCAGAGGUUCAUUUCAUUUCCAGUUUUUAUUCUAUUGCUGCCAUGGAUGGUCAGACUGCGGAUCACCUUCAGCAGGUUAUCUGUGAUUAUUCGAGGAAUGAGAUAGUUACAGUCAUGUGUAUGGGACAUAAUAAAGGGUGGGAAGAGGCAGCCUCAAUGUUCAGUGGUUCCUCCAUAAAACUGAAGACAUGCAAUGCUGCUUUGCUUGAGGCUUCAGGAAAAUCAUGGGAUGAGGCAUUUGCUUUGGCGGGACUAGGUGGAUGGAAGCUUCAUGGCAUAGUAAAACCAAAUAGUAGAUCAUAGAACCUUUUAUAGUUUUCUAGAAAAGUUUAGCAAACAAUAGCAACCAACCACUUGUUGCACCCGAAUUCACCCUUAGAAUGCUCAUUUAUCUAGAUAUAAUAAUUUUAAUGAAAUUUCAACCUCUUGGCUUCGAAA